UGGCCGGUUCCCGCCCACCCCGAGGCGUGCCGGGCUCCCGGGUCAUCCCAGCCAUGUGCUCGUUAGCAGCGGGUGCUCUCGGUGGCCGGGGCGCGCUGGAGGAAGACGAGGACCCGCCCGAGCUGUCCGACAGCGGCGACGAGGCCGCCUGGGAGGACGAGGACGAUGGCGAGCCCCCCCACGACAAGCGGCAGACCCCCUGCCUGUUCUGUGACAGGUUAUUUACAUCUGCAGAAGAAACAUUUUCACAUUGUAAGACUGAGCAUCAAUUCAAUAUUGGUAACAUGGUCCAUAAGCACGGACUUGAAUUUUAUGGAUAUGUUAAACUAAUAAAUUUUAUUAGACUUAAGAAUCCUACUGUUGAGUAUAUGAAUUCAAUAUACAACCCAGUACCUUGGGAGAAAGAAGAGUAUUUGAAACCUGUAUUAGAAGAUGACCUUUUGCUUCAGUUUGAUGUAGAAGAUCUGUAUGAACCAGUUUCAGUCCCAUUCUCAUACCCCAAUGGACUCAGUGAAAAUACAUCUGUUGUUGAAAAAUUGAAACAUAUGGAAGCCAGGGCACUGUCUGCUGAAGCUGCAUUAGCUAGAGCACGUGAGGAUCUGCAAAGAAUGAAACAAUUUGCUCAGGAUUUUGUGAUGAACACAGAUGUCAGAACCUUCUCGUCAUCUACUACUGCCAUUGCAGAUCUUCAGGAGGAUGAGGAUGGUGUUUAUUUCAGCUCAUACGGGCAUUAUGGGAUACACGAAGAAAUGCUAAAGGACAAAGUACGAACAGAAAGUUACCGUGAUUUUAUAUAUCAAAAUCCACAUGUCUUCAAAGACAAGAUAGUUUUAGAUGUUGGUUGUGGAACUGGAAUCCUAUCUAUGUUUGCUGCUAAAGCUGGAGCAAAGAAAGUUUUUGGAGUUGAUCAAUCUGAAAUUCUUUACCAGGCAAUGGAUAUAAUAAGAUUAAAUAAACUUGAAGAUACUAUUGUACUAAUUAAAGGAAAGAUUGAAGAAGUUCAUCUUCCCAUAGAAAAAGUGGAUGUUAUUAUAUCUGAGUGGAUGGGCUAUUUUCUUCUAUUUGAAUCUAUGUUAGAUUCUGUACUUUAUGCAAAGAACAAAUACUUGGCAAAAGGAGGAUCUGUCUACCCUGAUCUUUGUACUAUCAACCUUGUGGCAGUAAGUGAUACAGAAAAGCACGCUGAUAGAAUUGCUUUCUGGGAUGAUGUCUAUGGCUUCAAUAUGUCCUGCAUGAAGAAAGCAGUUAUUCCAGAAGCUAUUGUAGAAGUUUUAGAUCCCAAGACUCUUAUAUCAGACCCAUGUAGUAUUAAGCACAUAGAUUGCAAUAUGACAUCUAUCUCAGAUUUGGAAUUUUCUUCAGAUUUUACUCUGAAAAUCACAAAGACAUCCUUGUGUACGGCACUUGCGGGCUACUUCGAUAUAUAUUUUGAGAAGAAUUGCCAUAACAGGGUUGUGUUCUCCACGGGCCCCCAGAGUACCAAAACACACUGGAAACAAACAAUAUUUCUAUUGGAAAAGCCAUUUUCAGUAAAAGCAGGUGAAGCCGUGAAAGGGAAGAUCACAGUCCACAAGAACAAGAAAGACCCACGUUCUCUUGUUGUGACCCUCACUUUGAAGAAUUUGACUCAUACUUAUGGUCUGCAGUAAAAACAACAACAACAUAAAAAGACACAAAAGCACAAGUUUUUAAUGUGAUGGUAAUAUUGCUAAGGGUGUUGUAGGGAGAUUUGAGUAUAUGGAUGAUGGAGUCUUUGCUAAUGAAUUUCCUUAGGAAAAUCAUAGUGUAGAAAAUAUUAAUAAUUCAGCUGAAGAAGAACCAACUGAUUCUAAUACCCCACCUAUAUUAAUCUUUGAAGUAUGAAAACAAAUCUAAUUUCUGCAUUGAGCUUAGUUACAUUGAAAAUAAUUUUAGAUGUUUUUUAUUUUUAAU